ACCAAAUUUCAAUGCUUUUAAGAAUAUUUUUUAACAUUUUUUUCGAAGAGUGUAUAUAACUCUAAAGAAUGGCUAAUAGCUCAUUUUUGUAGUCCAUCAAUGUUAUUGUUUUGUUUUUGUCUGAAAAAAAUAAAAUAGUUAACAGUAAUGUAAAUUAUUGUGAGGAAAAAAUCCGCAAUUGGUUCCGACAUAUGACCAGAACUAAAGUCAAAAAAGAAGAAAGAAAGUGAGCAUGCGAAUCAUUGGACUUCGUCUCCAGCGCUCCCUCUGUUCCCACUUUCCCCCAAACCGUUACCAGUUAGAACUCACUCUUACCUAGCUCACUCUCAAACUGAGUUCAUUCAUUGUAACAGCAAUGUCAAGUUUCACUUCACUCUCACUACUCUUCCUAAACUUUCUCAUAACACUACUUCUUCCUCUUCCCUUUUCUCAUGGAGAUUCUCACUACUUCCAAAUAUCCCCAACACCCUCUUCUUCAGGUUGGGAAUCAGAGAAGUUGUGGGGAAACCCCACAAUAUCGUUUGUGGAGGGACCCUUUGUGCCUCCUGUGGAGGAGUACUCGUCGGUUGUCUUAGCCGCUGAGCGAACUCGCCGGAAAGAUCCUCUUGAUGGGUUCAAGUUGUACACUAGAGGGUGGAAUAUUAGUGAACACCAUUACUGGGCUUCUGUAGGUUACACUGCAGUCCCAUUGUUUGCCAUUGCUGCCAUCUGGUUUUUGGGCUUUGGAUUGUGCUUAUCUAUCAUCCUUCUAUGUUACUUUUGUUGUCAGCAAAGACGACCUUAUGGCUAUUCUCGGACAGCUUAUGCUCUUUCUAUUAUAUUCCUUGCACUCUUUACCAUCUUAGCAAUCAUAGGAUGUGUUGUGUUAUACUCUGGCCAAGAGAAGUUUCAUCAUAGUACAACUAGUACAUUGGAGUAUGUCGGAAAUCAGGCUGAUUUUACAGUAGGGAAACUAAGGAAUGUCUCUGAUUAUUUUUCUGCAGCUAAGCAGCUUGGAGUGGAUCAAGUUUUUCUGCCAUCUAAUGUUCAGUCCGACAUUGACCAAAUUGAAACGAAGAUCAAUUCUUCUGCAAGUAACCUUGCAGACAUGACAAGAAAAAAAUCAGAAGACAUAAAGGAUCUCUUAGAUUCUGUGAGAUUGGCGCUCAUCGUAGUCGCUGCAAUCAUGCUUGUCUUGACAUUUCUAGGACUCUUAUUUUCAAUUUUUGGGAUGCAACUUCUCGUGUACAUCCUUGUGAUCACCGGGUGGAUACUAGUCACUGGAACCUUCAUUCUGUGUGGAACAUUCCUCCUCCUCCACAAUGUGGCUGCGGAUACAUGUGUUGCCAUGAACGAGUGGUCGGUGAACCCCACAGCUCACACAGCCUUAGAUGAAAUCCUGCCCUGUGUGGACAAGGCAACAGCUCAAGAAACAUCACUGAAAAGCAAAGAAGUCACUUGUCAACUCGUUGAUUUGAUCAACGAGGUUCUCACCAAUGUGUCGAACAUAAACUUCGCGCCAAACUUCGUUCCUCUUUACUUCAACCAGUCUGGUCCAUUGGUGCCACUCCUCUGCAACCCCUUCCACCAUGACCUCUCUGAUCGAACUUGCACCGCUGGUGAGGUGGACUUGAACAACGCCACUCAGGUGUGGGCGAAUUAUGUUUGCCAAGUUUCAGGGAGCGGGACAUGCACGACGACAGGUCGUUUGACGCCAACGUUCUAUGACCAAAUGAGUAGUGGAAUAAUCAUGAGUAUUGCCCUGAACAGCUACGGUCCUUUCCUUACGGAUCUACAAGACUGCACCUUCGUGAGAGAGACUUUCAGCGACAUAUAUUCGGAUCACUGCCCAUCUCUACGACGAUACACCAAAUGGAUAUACAUUGGUUUGGUCAUGGUUUCUACUGCAGUUAUGUUGUCGCUCGUCUUCUGGGUCAUCUACGGUAGAGAACGCCGUCAACGUCUUUACGGCACACAUUCAACGGCUGAUGAUCAAUCAAGUUACCACCCCCGUGUGGAAAUAGAAAAAGAUUGACCUUUACAAAAUGUGCUUUUUUUUUUCUUUUUCUUUCUAGACUGAUUCUUGGCACUGUUUUUAUCUCUUUUAAAAAAAAAUCUGGGCUUCUCACGUUAGUGUAAUAUGUAUGAUAAAAUGUCAUCUUUUGUCUAUUGUUUAGAUUGUCUAGUUA